AUGGAUAUUGCGGCGGUGACGAGGUGUGUGAGAAGGUGCUAUGUUUCGCCUGCGUUCGGAGAUUCUGAAUCGCUCCGGUCAUCUGAGGGGCAGAAUCUGAGAAUAACGUUGCAUGAUUCCCGGAGCUCGGAGCACGUCGUUAGUAGAGGUUUGAAGUUUGGCCGGCAUAGUCAACGGCGAAUAAGCUUCUUCCGUCCGAUCAUGGCGACAGAUGAGUCGAGUUCAUCACGGUCCUCUGAUUAUGCCGGUGAAACGCAGCAAAUCGAUGGAACGCAAAAGAACAUCGUCUGGCAUGCUUGUCCCAUCACUAAACCCGACAGACAAGAACUGAUUAAGCAAAAGGGUUUUGUCAUCUGGAUUACUGGCUUAAGUGGUUCAGGGAAAAGUAGUCUGGCGUGUGCUCUUAGCCGAGCUUUGUACAAUCUUGGAAAGCUUUCAUAUAUCCUUGAUGGUGACAAUGUUCGACAUGGUUUAAACAGCGAUCUUAGUUUCAAAGCAGAAGAUCGAGCUGAAAACGUUAGAAGAGUUGGUGAAGUUGCUAAGUUGUUUGCAGACGCUGGAAUAAUAUGUAUUGCUAGUCUCAUAUCUCCUUACCGGAAGGAACGAGCUGCUUGUCGUGCAUUGUUACCAGAAGGAGAUUUUAUUGAGGUAUUCAUGGAUGUGCCCCUCCAUGUCUGUGAAGCUAGAGACCCAAAGGGCUUAUACAAGCGUGCACGCGCUGGCGAAAUCAAAGGUUUCACAGGAAUAGACGAUCCAUAUGAACCACCUUUGAAUUACGAGAUUGUGAUACAAAACAACAAAGACAAGGGUUUUUCUUCUUCUUCUUCUUCUUCAUCUUUACCUGAAAUGGCAGAUAUUGUUGUCUCCUACCUAGACCAAAAUGGAUACCCCAAGCCGUCAUAG